UGAGCCUGUUCAUUUCUAAGAUACACGCUUUGAAAUGAUGACUGCUUGAUUUUCAAAGCUCGAUACCAACGUCGCCUAGGUCAACCAUGUCUAAACCUACCAAUGUUUUUCCACAGCGCUUUGGAUGGGUAGGUCUUGGGGCGAUGGGAUUCCCGAUGGCUAGCCAACUACUCCAGAAAUUACCACCAUCUUGCGAACUCUUCGUUUAUGACAUCGAUUCAGUCGUUCUGCGGAAAUUUAUUCAAGCGAAUGCUGAUCAUCCAGCUAUAACGAUGGUGUCAUCGCCCAAGGAGGCUGCUGAGUACUCGGACUUUUUCAUCUCGAUAGUCCCAGAAGGUUCACAUGUCAAAGACGUGUAUAUGGCACCGCAACGAGGGGCACUAGCUGCUAAUACUGGUGGAAAAAUAUUCAUCGAUUGCUCCACCAUUGAUCCCGGAACCUCGUUGGAGGUGGGACGUGCAGUAGCCGCUUCUCAUCCUACAAAUCCUCCUCGAUUCUUUGAUGCCCCAGUUUCCGGUGGUACCCGUGGCGCAGAGAAAGGUAUUCUAACAUUCAUGGUAGGAGCAGCGGAAGACGAUCCCCAAUUUGUGCUACUUCGGAGGAUAUUUUCUUGCAUGGGAACUUCUAUAUACCCUAUCGGAGGACAAAGUCAAGGGCUAGCUGCGAAAUUGAGCAACAACUACCUUUCAGGAAUGAUAGCUCUGGCGACGUCCGAAGCAAUGAAUCUCGGGAUGAGAUUAGGCAUAGAUCCAAAGGUCCUUAGCGAGUGCUUUAAAACUAGCUCUGGUGGAAGCUGGGUCAAUAGCACCGUCAACCCUGUUCCAGGAGUUUGUCCUGAUGCAGUCACGAGCAAAGGAUAUGAAGGUGGAUUCAAAAUACAGCUGAUGAAGAAGGAUAUUUCAUUGGCAAUCCAGGCAGCGAAGACAGUAGAUGCAAAGCUAGUCCUAGCAGACGCAGGGCUGGGUGCAUAUGCUGCCGCAACGGAUGACCCAAACUGCAGAGAUAGAGACUCUCGUGUAGUGUACAGAUGGUUGGGCGGUAUCGAGCCUGAGUGCACUUAGUACAGCGGGCGCCAAUUUCCCCGAUAUGGCUUCUAUAUGUUCAUUACCUUCAACUUCAUAUUUAAGGCAGUGUAUUCUU